AUGGCCGAUUUUCAAGAUGUGUUGAGCAAUGUCAUGGAUAGGCUCGAUGCAUGGGGCAAGAAGUCACAAUCUUUGGGAGGUAAGAUUACUCUCAUUAGCAGCUCUUUGAUGUCUAUGCCAAACUUUUUAGUAACACAUUCAUUAGUUCCUAAAAAAGUGUUGUAUGAGAUGGAGAAACUGUGUAGAAGUUUCAUUUGGCAUAAACCAAAUGGAGAUCGUAGUAUGCACUACGUGGCUUGGGAAGAAUUGUUCAAACCGAGAAGUAUGGGAUGUAUGGGACUUCAAUCUCCUGCUAUGAGGGUUAGUUCUUUGAGAUUGAAGUUGGCUUGGGAUUUUUUUCAGAAACUAUAUACUCUUUGCCACAGAACUAUCAAGCACAAAUAUGGGGAUGUUAUAAUGAUUGGUACGCACAAAAAGGUAGCGUCAAAUGCAUGGAAAAUUCUGCUUGAUGGGGGAAGACAGCUGAAGAACAUAACCAUAUGGGUAAUUGGCAGUGGGGAUAAGGUCAAUGUGCUGAAUGAUAUCUGGAUAUUAGACAAGUGCAUUAGCAGGUGGCCUACAUUUGUGGAUUGUUUUGCUUUGGAAGGAAUGUAUGUAAACCAAUUGCUAUUGAAUGAAGGCCAAUGGAAUUAUGCGUUACUUCAGGAAGUUUUCCAUCCUGAUCUCAUACUGUUGAUCAGCAAAAUCCAGAUUUAUUCUGGGUUGGAGGACCGGAGGGAGUUGCUGAGAAUGUACUCAAGCAAGUCUGUGUCUGCUCUGUCUUCAGAGUAUAUUUUGAAUUGUAAAUUCAAUAUGGAGUCAAACUCAACAAAAAAAGUUGAGAUUUUUUGGUGGAGGCUUGGGAAAUUUGCAAUUCCCACGAAUGUUUACCUUAAUUACCACAGGAUUGUUGUGGAUUAUUCUUGUGCUAGAGGUUGUAAUGCUGUAGAGAGUUAUGAACACAUUAUGGUCCAUUGCAAAUUUAUGGUUGAAGUUCUUAACCAGAUACUGGAUUGGGGCAUUUCCAUUCCAGUUUUCCAUUCUCUAGAUAGCUGUUUGCAGGAGUUAAGAAGACUAACUUCUCGGAAUUCCGGUACUGUUAAAAUAUACUGCACUAUUGUUUAUCUUUCUUGGAAGAAUAGGAAUGAAGUGAAACAUGGCAAAGAUGCUUUGCCUUCUUCUGUGGUAGCUUCAGAUGCUUUGUCUUUGGCCAUUACUAAAGCUAGUCCACAUCUUUCCAACUGGGGAACUAAUCUCCUUAGGGAGUCUCGUGAGUCUUGGUGCCCCCCUCCGAAAGACUGGAUGAAGAUCAAUGUAGAUGCGUCAUUGCUUAGAUCUAACUGUGCUGGUAUCGGUGGCAUCUUCAGAGAUCAUAAGGGAAGGUUUAUUCUUGCUUUUGGGAAAAAUAGAGUCCAUUGGGACAUUACCAAACUCGAAUUGGAGGCUGUAUUCUCGAUUAGGGAAUACAUUAGGAGUUGGAUGCUUGAGUACAAAGGGGUGAUUAUUGAGAGUGACAACCUCAAUAUUAUUAAGUUCAUUCAAGAUUCUUUCAAAAAUAAUAAGUGGAUUGUGGAUAGUUGGCCUUCGGAGGAGCUUCUAUUUUUUAAUGAUUUUCAUAAAGUAGUUUUCCAACAUGUUCAUAGAAGAUGUAAUAAGGAAGCUAUAGAGGAAGUUCUCAAUGGAGGUGCAUGGUAUGUGGGAGGUUUUUUCAUUGGAUUAGAUAAAUGGACUCCCAAUUUUUCUCCUUAUUCCUUGAAUGGGAUUUCUUCUCCCAUUUGGGUUCAUCUUCCACACUUGCCAUUACACUGCUGGGAGGAAACCAACAUUACGAGAAUUAUUUCGAGUAUAGGGACUCCUUUAUUAUUGGAUGGAAACAUGUUUAGAUGGGGGAGAAGGGAAUUCGCUAGAGCUUGUGUUCGUGUAAAAUUAAACUCUAAGCUUCCUAGUGGUAUUUGGGUUGAAGAUCUUAUUAAUAAGGAAGUUCCCAAAGAACCUUUAUUAGUUGAAGAUAGUUCUUACGGACCUUGGAUGCAUGUCAAAUUCAAAUCCAAAAGAAAGACUAAAAGUGUUAAGAGGGAUUAUCAUUUAAAUCAUGGUGCAGAUUUUCAACCAGUUCGUCGGUUCUAUGGUGGUUCUAAUUCAGAUCGCCUCCCUUUGAAAGUAGCAUUAAAUUUGGUAGAAAAUACUGCUGAAAUUAAGGGAAGAGAUGAAGUGGCUGUUAGCCUUAAUUCAGAUUUGUUGAUCGAGCCGGAUAUUGCUCACAAUACAAAUUUUGAAACAAUAAAUCGGGUUCGUUGA